CAAUCAAACAACGAUUCUACCAAGUUAAAUCGCAAGGAAUCAUACAAAGCACAACGAAAAAAUUACCGCCGUGAAAAGAAACGAGUCGCAUCGGAACUGUUGAACUCGCUGCAAGAUCCGGCUGUUAUUGUACUAGCAGACUGGUUGAAGAUCAGAGGAACCCUCAAAUCCUGGACCAAGCUAUGGUGCGUCCUAAAGCCAGGUCUCCUAUUCAUCUACAAAAGCCCAAAGACCAAAAGUAGUCACUGGGUAGGAACCGUUCUGCUAACGUCGUGCCAGGUGAUCGAACGGCCCAGCAAGAAGGAUGGCUUCUGCUUCAAACUGUUCCACCCGAUGGAUCAAACGAUAUGGGCCCCACGGGGCCCGGAUAAAGAGACUAUGGGUGCCGUCGUUCAACCGCUGCCCACAUCGUACCUCAUCUUCCGAGCUCCCAGCCAGGCAGCCGGAAAGUGCUGGAUGGACGCACUGGAACUGUCCCUGAGGUGUUCGGCCCUAUUGGUACGUUCCGUACCGGUCAUUGACACUAGCAGCAUGGAAGGGGCGACCAGCACUCACGAGACGCAGUGGUCCGAAGCGGACUACGAGAAGCACUUUGACGAGCAUGUCCCCAAAUUGAAAGAGCACCUGACCUACCUAAUGAAGUACCUUCCGCCAUCCCCGCCGGACAAAAACAACCUCCAAGUAGAAACCAUAGAAAAGUCCUUCCGCCGUAGUCCUUGUCCCUCGCCGACUCCGAUCUUUCAGCAGCUGUACCUGGCAGUGGCUCACUGGGAGCGGUACUUGCGUGAUUCGCCCGACUUUCUCCGCUAUCUUUCGACGGAGAGUGGCGUUGAACAACAGUCCGGUUCUCUGUCCCCGGCAGGCAUCGAUGAUGAUGUGUUCGACGAAAAUGGGAGUUUUCCGUCGUACGAGCGGAGACGCGGUUCACUGCAGGUCGGGUUUUCUCCAGGACAUGACGCCGAUGAGCAGCGUGCACGUCGCCGAAGCAGUCCAGCCGAGUUCAACAAGGAAUGCGGAACCUCUGGCAUCACGAUUCGGAUUUCCGACGAUAAAUAUUUGGACAUCGACAGUCAACCGGACCAGGGAACGUUGGUCAUGUCGGCCGGGGAGUCUGACUCGGAGUCGGACAUGGGCGAAGGCAUGGAAGUGGAAGAGUUUCCGGAGACACCCUACGUACACUCGUCCGAGGAGGAGUUUGGAGCGGCCGGCGAACAGGUGGAAGAACUUCCCGAGGAGCAUAAGAGCUUGAUUUGGUUUCUGGUCAAACAGGUCCGCCCGGGUAUGGAUCUGAGCAAGGUGGUGCUGCCGACGUUCAUUCUGGAACCGCGGUCAUUUCUGGACAAACUUGCCGAUUCGUACUAUCACGCGGAUAUCCUGUCAAA